CAAUAUUUCCCACCUAAUAAUUCCAUCAACCCUGUCUUCUUUGUUUUUCACUGUUCCGGGGCUCGGUCUCGCACUUACUUUCCAUGUCCCGGCAAUACUCGGCAGACGCCUAUCAAAAACAGCACAGGCAAUCAACAAACACAAACAAAACAAGCCCUGAGACUGAGACAUGCAGCCCAAUUGCCUCUUUCUUGCUUCAUUUCCCGCUAGCUUUGGGCCCGGGCUCUGACUCGGUGCGGCUGCAACAGCCAGCCUCGGCGAACCCGUGGUCGAUAUUACGGCUGUAUUACCACACCUCCGCCUCACUUGUCUCUUUUAUUUUUUUUUUCCUUUUGCUUUUUCUUUUUCCCAUUUAUUUUGCUUUUUGCCUCCAAACUCUGGUGUUUGAUGCUAGUAAUCAUGGUUCCUCUUCUCCUCUUUCACAUUUCCCCCGUCUUAACUUAAAGCCAUUUCAGCCCCCCUCCCUCCGUGUUUAGCUGCCGAGAUAGAAAGACAAUGAUAUGCCACGAUGCAGAGAUUGGCGCCCAUGAUACCUAUCCGGUGAUUGAUUAUUAGCAUCUAUCUAUCCGAGAGC